AUGUUAGGCGCACUUUUUCAAUACGCAAAAAAAUGUCCGCAUGUGAUGAUAAUGCCUGUGCGGACAAGUGUUUAUACAAAUGUAACUGCACAAGAUCUAUGGAAAACAAUUACAUCUGUAAGUAAUGCGGGAGCUAAACGAGGUCGUGCUAAACGACGUGGUGCUACGAAAUUUAAAGAUUUAAAUUUUGGUCAAAGAAUUGGUCAAGGCAAAUCAAAUAUACAAUGGCCUGGUUUAAAUGCACCUAUUAUUCAAGGACGAGAUAUUGUUCCUAUUAUGGAAAGACCACCUGAUCCAACGCGUGAACAACGUUUACUUGAAGUACGCAAUCGUCUUGAUCGUUUUCGUCGUUUAUCAAUUCCACCUAGUGAACGUGGUUUUACAGGUGGUAGUCCAGCUGGUAAAAGUCUUGGUAACCCCGAACCAAUGAAUGAAAUAACUUUUGAGAAUUUUGACUCCCGACUUGUUGAAUUUAAAACUUUACAGCGUACUAUUGGAAAAAUUGGACGAAAAAAAUUCGUAUCUGCUUUUGUUGCUGUUGGAAAUGGUCAAGGUCUUAUUGGUUAUGGUAAAGCAUUAACUCAAGAUGCUCAACAAUCUUUACUAAAAGCUAAAACAAUGGCAGCACGUCAAUUACUUUAUGUUCCAAUUUGUGAUGGACAUACAAUCUUUCAUGAUUUCUAUGAACCUUAUUAUUUUACUAAAAUUCGUUGUGAAAAACGACCGCCAGGUUAUGGUCUUCGAUGUCAUCGUAUUAUAGCAUUAAUUUGCAGAUUAAUAGGAAUAAAAGAUAUGUAUGCAAAAAUUGAAGGCGCAAUUAAUCCACAAAAUUUAACAAAAGCUUUUAUACGUGGUUUAUUGAAACAAAAAACUUAUCAAGAUUGGGCAAAUGUUAAGCAAUUACAUUUAGUUGAAUAUCGUCCUGAAAAUGAUUAUUAUCCACGUUUAUUAGCAAGUCCAAAUAAUAAUCAACCAACACGAACAUCAGCAGAAAUUGAUCCUGAUGAAGAUUUAGAUUUCGAACGUCUUUGUUUUGAAGGACGAACUUUAGAUAGAAGACAAUCAGGUGAACAAUAUGAACCAUGGUAUGCCGCAAAAGAUAAAACACGUUAUGGAUGGUAUAAAUAUUUAAGAAGACGUCAUUGGGAAACUGUACAAGAAAAUGCUACUAUCGAACGAUUAGCACGUAUGGAUGAGAAACGUUAUGAUUCAUAUUAUCGUUAUCCAGAUGAAUAUCAUACAGAUGUAUUAAAACAACUUAAACAACGUUUUUCACAUCGGUGGUAUCCAAGAACAACAAACAUGCAAAUUUUUGUAAAAACACUCACAGGCAAAACAAUUACACUCGAAGUUGAACCUUCAGAUACAAUUGAAAAUGUUAAAGCAAAAAUCCAAGAUAAAGAAGGUAUUCCACCCGAUCAACAACGAUUAAUCUUUGCUGUAAAAAAAACUCAACCAUCUAUUAAAGAUCCUUUAGCAUUAUUUAUAUCAACACCUGCAAAUUUUCAACUGUCAGAUAAACAUAAUAAUUCCGUCCAAAAAUUACAAGAAAAUAUUAAUAUUUCAAACUUAUCACAGAUUAAUAUUACCCAUGAACAAAAAUCAACAAAUAUAUCACGUAAUUUAACAUCAAUAAUCUCAAUAACGAAUGCCACUACCACCGUUACUACUACCACUACUGUUAGUACUACAUCAACAACAACAGGUGUCCCGUUUUCAAAUGCUUCGUUAUAUGCAUAUUUUAAUUUUUCGAAAAUCGAUGUAAAUGUUAAUAGUUCACUACCAAUUUGUAAUUUUUCGAUAACAAAUAAUAAUACAUCAAUAUAUAAAGUUAAUAUAAGUCAAACAAUUUAUUCAUAUGAUAUUAUUGAACAACACCAUGGAACGAAUUUAUAUUCAGGUGGACAUUAUAUUCCAAAAGACUGUCGACCAGAACAACGUUUAGCUCUUAUUAUAUGUUAUCGAAAUCGUGAACUGCACUUAAAAAUGUUUCUAGAUAGUAUUCAUCCAUUUUUACAAAAACAACAACUUGAUUAUACAGUUUUUAUUGUUAAUCAACAUGGAAAAGAUCAAUUUAAUCGUGCUGCUUUAUUUAAUGUUGGUUAUUUAGAAGCUAUGAAAUUAUAUCCAUAUGAUUGUUUUAUUUUUCAUGAUGUUGAUCUUUUACCAGAAGAUUUAAGAAAUAUAUAUAAAUGUGGUGAUCAACCAAGACAUAUGUCAGUCGCUGUUGAUAAAUUCAAUUAUAAAUUACUUUAUUCAACAUUAUUUGGUGGUGUAACAGCAUUUCGUUUAUCAGAUCUUCUUGGUGCAAAUGGUUAUCCAACCGUUUACUGGGGUUGGGGUGGUGAAGACGAUGAUAUGUAUUUACGUGUUGUUAAAAAACUAAAAAAAUCUAUUACACGUUAUCCAAUGGAAAUUGCACGUUAUAAAAUGAUUCGUACACAUGAUCAUACAUCGGGUAAAGCUAAUCCUCAUCGUCAUACAAUAUUAUACUCAAAAUAUGAUUAUAAUCUCGAUGGUAUAAGUACAACAAAUUAUACACUACAUAAUGUAUUUUUUUAUAAAUUAUUUACGCUAAUUAAUGUCACAUUAACCGAAGAACCAUUCGAAAAAAUUCGUGCUCGUUUACGUAUAAAAAAAAAGAAAAAAUAG